ACACUCUACGAUGACGAAGAACACAUAUACAAACUAAAGCUAGAUGAGAAUACACAAUUGGAAGAUUGCAUAGAGAAGAUCAACAAGAAGAUGAAAUUGAAAAAUAAGUACACUAUACGCUUGAUUCUUACUAGAAGUGGUAAAGAUCUUGUUCUAGUCAACUCUGCUGAGGACUUUGAAAAAGCGAAGAAGAAGUCUAGAGGAUACUUGAAAUGUAAAUUCAGAUUUGAGCUAGAGGAUAAUCAACCAUCCACUCCCAUCCAAUCAACUUCUCAGCCACGCUUGACGACAACUGCAAAGAAACGCUUAUCACUCAAUCCAUCCUUCAUCAAUGAAGCUGAAGAUCCUACUUCACCAUUAACAAAGCAAUCUAGACGCGUACUCCAACCGAGAUCUGCAAUUAUGUCCAAAACUGUAGAGACAUACCCGGACAUUCAGGAUUACUUCGCAGCUUUCGUGAAGGAUACAAUACACGACUAUUUCAACAAUACUUUGCAUUCAAACACUCAAUCAGAACAAUCUAGUGUGGCUUCUAACAGAAAUAGCAAACCAGGCACUUUGUCUGCAAUGCGUUCUACCGUUAUUUACGAUAGUGACAUUAGUGAAGCACACACAAAUAAAGGAAAUCCACCUAUACGCUUGCAUAGAGAAACAACCCCUUCAGAGGUAGAUCAAUUACAGUCAUCGCCACAUUUUGUUGAACAUAAAGAACAAGCUCUCCAGCAGCCUCGUCUGGAAGGUCUUCAGGAAGUAAAUGAAGAUACCAUGGAAGUAGCCAGUGAAGAGGAUAGACCUGGUGACAAAGAGAAAUAUAAAAGAGUAGAGGAGGAGCAGGAAUAUGGGCGGGAAGAAAGACAAAAAGAACCAGAACCAAUAGAAGAACAAUUAGAAGAACAAUUAGAAGAACAAAUAGAAGGACAAGAUGAAGGACAUGAAGGGAAAAGCGAAGACAAGCAUGAGAACGAUGGAGUACGCUCAUCACCCAUAGAACAAUUCGACGAUGAUAUCACCUUGACCGGCUCGCAAAUCCCUCCUUCAGCUCAGCCCCAGCUCAGUUCACCUAUACUUGCGCCAGAACAAGGACUUGAAACUGUGGUCACACCUGUUCAUCCAAAUGAAGAAAUAAAACAGGACCAACAAGAGAGUCAACAAGAUGGACAACGAGAAAGUCAAGAACAAGAACAACAAGAACAACAAGAUACGCGACAGGGAGACCUGGAAAUGCAACAACCAGAAGAGUAUGUGCCAGCAGACACUGAAUCUCUUCCAUCACCGUUCAAGCGUCCAUCACCUGUCAAGAAGGAUAGACCAGCGAAUAACAAAAACGAGGAUAUUUUAGAUGAAGAGUUAGACCUCGCAAAACUUUUUGGUAGCUCUACUCAAGGUUCAGGAAGACCUCGUCGCAGCAUACAGGCAGUGUUGGGAGACGAGAAGGACGACGAGCAUAAUGAGUUGUUAAUGGAGGAAGAAGCGAACGAUGAAGAUGAAGUCAUGACUGACUAUGAAAGUGACGAUACAAUCGAUAGAGAAAGGGAACGAGCGAAGCUCAGCAAAUCAACACAGUCAACCAGACGUGGAUCUUCAGAUGAUAACUUCGAAGCUGACGAUGAUGAGGAACCAGGCGAGGAUAAAGAUAAACGCGAACCGGCCAUGGAAGCACCUCCAGUUGUACACUCCACGUCUCAAUUCUACAUACCAGAUUCGCCAACUGCGUCUGAAAGAGCUGUAUCCGCUCAGAUCAAUGCCCAUGAUUCUCUUUCUAUAUCUGUCAAUCAGAGUUUCUCACGUCAAGGUGAUACGAGCCUUCUUCAAAAUCAAGAAGAUGAUAAUGAGGCCGAGAACGGCGAGCAUCAACAAUACAUCGGAUCAGAAAUACUUCCACCACAAGUACACGACGAACAAUCUGAUUCAAGGGAUGCCAAAUCUGAGGAUUUUCUACAGGAUGAGAAGCUCGCAGAAGGUGAAGGUGAAGAGGAUCAGCCGGAAAGAACACCUCAAAGGGAUAAUGGCGAAACAUCUUCAAUCCCCCAAUCCAAAUUGAGCCCACAACCGAUGAUAGAGAGUGGAAGUACUCCAGACUUAAACCAAACGCAACUCUCCACAGUCAGUAAUGACACCAAAGAUAGGCUUUACCAAGAAGCGCUUGGAACGGAUAACACAAAAGAUAAAGAUGCACAAGAUACCACGAAAGACGCAAAUGAAGGUGUCGAAGCUACCCCAGCAGUAGAAGCAUCAAAGUCACAAGACGUUGAAAAGUCAUCCAAUGAAUCGACCGAUCUGGAAAAGCCAAAGCCAGCGUUAGGAAAGAGAAGCCGCGAAGAAGCACCUUCAGAUGAGGAUGAAAGCAUCCAAGAAACCAAACGCACAAAGUACAAUGAUGACAAGGUGUCUAAAGAACCAAAAGGUCGUGCACGCCAUUCUGAAGGUGGAAUAUACCACGCACAACGGAAGAUAGCAAUGCCACCUAGAUUGAGUAUUAAUUUCGACGAUCUUAUCAAACAAACGUCCAAAGGACCUCGUUCAAGCAGUUCAUUCUUGCCUCUUUCCGAAUUGAAGAAAGACAAAUCAAGAUACGCAAUAGAAUCACCAAUGGCGUCACCACGUGCAUCACCAGCAGUUGAGUCGCGUCCACGGCCUAGUGUGAAGCGUGUCGCUACAUCUGACAACAACGACAACAGUAGUUCAUCUGAUUCUGACAAUGACGACUCAAGUUCAGACGAAGAAGAGGCCAAACGACCAAGAAGAAAGAGUGCAAUUCCAGCUGCUAAUCCGCGUCUAAAUCAAUUGAAUAGAGGUGUUGAUAGGAGAGCGAGUGCGAUACCUGCAGAAAGACGAGCAGGAGCUAGCACACCUGGAAGAGUCACCAGAUCGAGAGUGAAAGCUGGAGGAUUAGCCGAUAUGUGAAUUUAAGAAUAAUUUAUUGAUUUUAAUUGAUUUUU